AUACGAAAAGCUAGUAUGUUAUGGCUAAUGUGGAGCACAAUCGCUGAGAAAAAUUUGAAUAUGGCUGACAGUGUUCUCAUUAUUGGAAGUGGAGGCAGAGAGCAUGCUUUAGCAUGGAAGUUAUCUCAGUCAUCAAGAGUUAAACAUGUUUAUGUUGCUCCAGGAAAUGCUGGGACAUAUUCUGAUCCUUCAGGGAAAUUUUCCAACUGUGUACAAAAAAGUGUAUUUCUGAAGCAUAAGUCAGAAACCAUUGCUAAGUUUGAAGAAUUUUGUAAAUUUUUUCAGAAUGAAACAGAGAAUCCAAUAAAGGCUGUUUUAAGUGAUGGUGGACUUGAAAUGGAAAAACUGAAUCAGUUAGAUUUAAAAGAUUUUGAGAUGCAAUUACAAGGUGAUGACAAAAGAUCAGAUCUUGGGUGUGCUGUAGGCCCAGAGGAUCCUUUAGCUAAUGGGCUCUCUGAUCAUCUGAAGAAAGCUGAAAUUAAAUGUUUUGGACCAUGCCAAAAGGCUGCUCAAAUUGAAGCUAGUAAAGAUUUUGCAAAAUCUUUUAUGCAUAAGUAUAGCAUACCUACAGCUCGUUGGAGCUCUUUUAAGGAUGCACAAAGUGCAAAGGACCAUAUCCUGAAUGCUCCUUAUGAUGCUUUAGUGGUUAAAGCUAGUGGUUUAGCAGCUGGUAAAGGUGUUAUUGUCAGUGAUACAAGGGAAGAUGCAGUUAAAGCAGUUGACAUUUUAAAACAGGACAAGGGAUUAGCCUCAGCAAGUGAAACCAUUGUCAUUGAGGAGCUACUAAAAGGAGAAGAAGUUUCAGUUUUGUGUUUCAGUGAUGGAAUACACAUUUCAGUAAUGCCACCAGCUCAAGACCAUAAACGUUUACUUGAUGAUGAUAAAGGACCAAACACUGGAGGCAUGGGAGCUUACUGUAGGUGCCCACAAAUCUCAGAAAAGGAUUUGAAAUUUAUCCAAGAAAAUAUCAUGCAGAAAGCAAUUGAUGGCAUGAAAGCUGAGGGUGUACCUUAUAUUGGUGUUUUGUAUGCAGGAUUAAUGAUGACUAAAGAUGGCCCAAAAGUUUUGGAAUUUAAUUGCAGAUUUGGUGACCCAGAAACCCAAGUGAUUUUGCCACUGUUACAAUCAGAUUUGUAUACCAUAAUGCUGUCUUGUGUCAAUGGAACUUUGGACAAACUUCAAGUUAAUUGGGCAUUGGAUAAAUGUGCUGUUGGCAUUGUUUUAGUUAGUGGUGGAUAUCCUGGAAGCUAUGAAAAAGGCAAAGUAAUUACUGGGCUGGAUGAGUUGAUAUAUCCUGAUUACAUCAUAUUCCAUGCGGGUACUUCUUUGCACUCUGGAUCGAUUGUUACAUCAGGUGGUAGAGUUCUUGCUGUUGUAGUAGUUGAAGAUGAUUUGCAGAAUGCUUCUGUUAGAGCCCAAAAUGGAGCCAAAGCUGUUCAGUUUGAUGGAGCAUUUUAUCGCAAAGAUAUUGCACAAAAAGCUUUGCAAAGAUUCUGUCGUGAAGGGAUGACAUACAAGUCAGCUGGGGUAGAUAUUGAAAGUGCAGAAGAUUUGGUCAACAAAAUUAAAAAUCUAACUAAACAGACUUUGAGACCUGAGGUCUGUGGGGGUAUUGGCGGUUUUGGUGGCAUAUUUGACCUCAGAGGAUCUGGAUAUAAAGAUCCAUAUUUGGUCUCAAAGUGUGGAGGUAUUGGAGAAAAAUUGAAGGUUGCUCAAGAAUGCAAAAAAUAUGAAACUGUAGGAUUUGACUUAGUUGCUAAUUCUGUUAAUGAAAUCCUUUGUCAUGCAGCUGAACCUCUGUUCUUCUUAGACACCUAUACUUCAGGAAAACUUGAAGUUGAUGUUGCAGCUCAGGUGAUUUCUGGUAUUGCAAAAGGCUGCAAAGAAGCUAACUGUGCUCUGAUCGGUGGUGAAACUGCAGAAAUGCCUGGAAUGUAUGCAUAUGGAGAUUUUGAUUUGACUGCAUUUGCCAGAGGAGCUGUAGAAAAGUCUGAAAUCCUACCAAGGAAAGAUAUUUCUAAUGGUGAUGUUGUUAUUGGCCUUCCUUCUUCCAGUAUAAAUUCUAGUGCUUUUAAUAUAAUUAGGAAACUGGUGAAGAAAUUAGGACUUACUUAUAACAGUCCAGCACCAUUUGAUUCAAACCAAACAUUAGAAGAAAUUCUAUUGGCUCCUAGUGAAAUAUAUGUAAAAUCAGUUUUACCUCUAAUGAGGCAUAAAUUUGUAAAAGCAGCAGCAUUUAUAAAUGAUGGUGGUUUGGUUGGAAAUAUCAAGAAAAUUUUACCUCCUUCAAGCAAAAUAGUACUGGAUGCAACCAAACUGGAUAUGCCACCUGUUUUCGAUUGGAUUGCCUCAAGUGGAAACUUUUCACAGCAAGAAAUGUUUGAAAUUUUUAACUGCAAUAUUGGUAUGAUACUAAUUGUCGCAAAAGAUGUCAUGAAUGAAGUUUAUCAACAGCUGAAGACAAGUAAAAAAUCUGCUGUUUGCCUUGGAUCACUUCAGUCAUCUAAAAAAAGUGAGAAAAAGGUUGAAAUAAUAAAUUCAAGCUUUGAUGAUAAGAAAAGUGUGCAGAAAAAGAGAGUUGGUGUCCUGUCUUCGGGCAGAGGCACAAAUUUGGAAGCUCUUAUUGAUUACUCACAAAAUUCACAUAACUUAAGUACUACCGAGAUCAGUGUUAUAAUAUCCGAUACUGAAUCCGAAGUUUUCGAACAGAUGAAGGCAAAAGUACCAACCAAAGUGAUGAACAGUAGCAACUACAAAACUGCUGAGGAUUUUGAUAUGGCAAUCCAUGAAGCUCUGAACAGCUACAAUGUAGAUAUUGUAUGCCUGGAUGAUUUUUCAAGAAACAUAACUGAUUCAUUUGUGGAAUUAUGGAGAGGAAAAAUCUUGAAUGUUCAUCCUUCUCUGUUGCCAGCAUUCAAGUGUGCAAAUGCUCAUGAAGAAGUUUUAAAUUUAGGAGCAAGGAUAACUGGAUGCACUGUCUAUGUAGUAGAGCCUGAAGGGAAAAUUGGAGAAAUUAUAGAUCAAGCUGCUGUGUGUUUAGAAGCUCAUGAAACAGUUGAAACUUUAAAAAAGAAAGUUACUCAGCUUCAAUAUUGUAUUUAUCCUAAAGCUGUAGAACUUUUUGCACGUAAAAUCAUUGCAUCAGGUUCAAACAUAGAACAGUUAGAUGAUGAUAUCUCAGAUCUUUCCCUUUUUCUUCUUAGGUUAGAUGAUGAUAUCUCAGAUCUUUCCCUUAUGCACUUGAAAUCACCAAAUGAUUUUGAUCUACAGGCACAAAUAUCUAUCCUCAUGAAAAGCACAGAACGGCAUGGAUCAUGCAAAACUGCAUCUGUUUGUGGCAUAUUUAAUUUAAAAGAUUCAGGCUAUCAGUUGCCUUAUUUAGUAUCAGGAACAGAUGGUAUUGGCACAAAAUUAAAGAUAGCUCAGGCUUGCAAUAAGCAUGAUACAAUUGGAAUUGAUCUUGUUGCUAUGUGCGUUAAUGAUAUUUUGACUCAUGGUGCUGAGCCUCUGUUCUUUUUGGAAAGUUUGGACUGUGGAAAUAUAAAUCCUGAAAACGUCUUAAAUGUUAUAGCUGGGAUUGCAGAAGGCUGUAAACAAGCCAAGUGUGCUUUAAUAGGUGCAGAAAUAUGUCAAAUGCCAGAUAUUUAUUUAAACAGUAAAUGUUUACCAGAUCUGGAAAACUACGAUGUUGUGGGAUAUGCAGAAGGUGCUGUAAUGGAUAAAAAUUUACUUCCAUGCCUAGAUGAAAUUAGAUAUGAUGAUACAGUUAUUGGACUAAUGUCUUCAGGAAUCCAUAGUAAUGGAUACAGUCUUGUUCGUAAAAUAGUCGAAAUAAAAAACCUGAGGUAUCAAGACCCUGCGCCAUUUGAUAAAGCACAAAUUUUGGGAGAGGCUUUGUUGACACCUACAAAAAUAUAUGUUCAAUCAGUCUUACCUUUAAUGAAGAAAGGCCUGAUUAAAGCAGCAGCACAUAUAACCGGUGGUGGUUUGACAGAAAACAUACCAAGAGUGUUACCUCAAACGUGUCAAGUUGUACUUGAUGGAAAUAAAUGGAUUGUGCCUCCAGUUUUUAAAUGGAUUGCUGAAGAAGGAGAUUUAUCUGCAAAAGAAAUGUUAAAGACAUUUAAUUGUGGAAUAGGCAUGGUUUUAAUCAUUGGCAAAGAGCAUGAAAAUGAAGUUUUAGAAUCAUUAAAACUGAGUGGAGAAACUUCAGCUAUCAUUGGUCAUAUAAAACAAAGGGAAAAAGGUAAGAAUAAGAAAAAAGUUGGGGUAUUGAUAUCUGGAUCAGGUACCAAUCUUCAAGCUCUAAUUGAUUACACGCAGAAUCCUGGCAAUCAGAGUGAUGCUGAAAUUGUCUUGGUACUCUCAAAUGUAGCUGGAGUUGAGGGUCUGAAAAGAGCAGAAAGAGCCAAUAUUCCAACUGAGGUUUUAAGCCAUAAAUUAUACAAAUCAAGAGUGGAAUUUGAUAUGGCAGUUCAUUCAGUUCUUAAAGAAUAUGGAGUAGAAAUUGUUUGCCUGGCUGGUUUUAUGAGAAUUCUUUCAAGAGAAUUUGUUCAGUUGUGGCAAGGAAAGUUACUGAAUGUACAUCCUGCUAUUCUGCCUGCAUUUAAAGGAAUGAAUGCCCAUAAACAAGUUCUCAGUACCGGUACUAAGAUCACAGGAUGCACAGUCCAUUUUGUUGAGCCUGAAGUUGAUGCUGGAGCUAUAAUAGAACAGGCUGCAGUACGUGUAAAUAGCACUGAUACAGAAAAAACAUUGCAAGAAAAGGUUAAAGUACUGGAACACAAAAUAUUCCCAAAAGCAUUAAAUUUGCUAGCUAGUGGAAGAAUUUCAAGAGACCCUGAUGCGAAACUUCAAUGGAAUUACUAAUUUUUUUAUUGCUUAUAUUCCCAGACAUAAUACAUAUUGCUUAAUUGUACAUAAAAUAUUUUUAUAUUUCUCAUCAAGAUCCAUGUUUAAUGCUAUAUAUUCUAAAUUGUACAUAAAGCCUUUUACAUUUUGUUAAAAAAUCAUUGUUGAAUUAAUAAAUGAGACACAUUUCAUAAAAA